UACAGAUGGUGUUAACUUUCCGUAUCACAUGUCAGGUGACACUUGUCGAGACAUUUUCAACGUUAUUUUGGCCUGUUUGUUAUGCUUCGAAUUAUUCGCAGGAACAUGUCAGCUUUAAUCAACGCGAACAACAUUAUUUGGAUCGAUUUAGAAAUGACUGGUUUAAACGUAGAAGAAGAUCGAAUUCUGGAGAUGGCCUGUAUCAUCACCGAUGGCGAUUUGAACAUUGUGGCGAAAGGACCUAAUUUAGUUGUUCACGAGUCAGAUGCAGUUUUGGCAAACAUGAAUGAUUGGUGCAAAGAACAUCAUGCGAAGACACAACUUAUAGAUGCAGUGAGAAAAUCUACGUACUCAGUGCAACAAGUUGAAAAGGAAAUGCUAAAUUUCAUAAAGCAGUACUGUCCGGAGCGUAGUUGCCCGAUAGCCGGUAACAGCAUUUAUAUGGAUCGGUUAUUUCUCAAAAAAUAUAUGCCAGGUCUUGAUGAAUACGCACAUUAUCGUGUGAUCGAUAUAAGCACCAUCAAAGAACUAUGCAAGCGUUGGAAUAAGUUGGCUUAUGAAUCAGCCCCGCCAAAACAAUUUGUUCAUCGGUCUUUAAAUGAUAUUGAGGAGAGCAUCGGUGAAUUGAAGUAUUAUAGAGAAACAUUUAUGAAGACAAAAUAAAUACCAUCAAUUGGAAGCACGAUGCACACGAACAA